GGCGUUUUACAGUGUACUUUAUCAUGGCGAGAAAGCAAGUCGGAUCGACCAACAACACGACUCGGCUGGCCACGACGAUGGUCGAGACCUCCGAGCCGACCAAGGAGCCCAGUCCGAAGCACGCGCCGUCGUCCAAGCUGCCGAAGCGGUCCGCCUUCUGGCAUAUCUCCCGCACCCUUGUAGGACUGUCGCUCGUAGCCUGUGGGUACGCCCUCGGAUACCUUCAGCACACGUCGUCUGCGCCGACGUCGGUUGUUCAAGUCUCGCCGCCGCUGCAGCAAUCAUUGAAGGAUGGAACCGCUCUGGACGAACAUGGGAACCUGUACCCCAAAUACGAGACCGACAUCGUCCACGUUGACGGGCAGCACUUUCUCGAUCCCACCCCAGUCUGCCCUGUUCUUCCUUCGAUUCUCACGCCCGUCGUCCACAUAAAGGACGCCAUGUCCCCUUCAUCCCCUCUCGCUGCAGAUAACCGCGCCUUCUUCCUCCUCAACGGCCAGAGCCACGGCGUCUACGUCUCAUGGAACGGCGACGACGCUUGCUUGCACGCCGCCGCCAAGUCCGCGGCGUUGGCUCUUGGUGCCGAUCGCGAUCGCUUGGCCUUCGGUCUCCGUCUGUACUCCACCGAAGGCUUCGCUAUCCCGUCGCCGUCAGCGUUUCCAUCGUCCCGCAUCGCGCACAUCUUGCUCGAGUACCAAGUGUGGGUAUGGCCGGCCAUCGAACUCGGCCACGAGCGCGUGGUGGACAACCAGUUCGUGCUGAAAACCGUCGGGCUAUCUCCCUUGGUGUUCUCCGUGCGCGACUUCUUCAACGCGUCCGAGGCCGACGCGAUCAUCGCCGCGGCCGAGUCCAAGCUCUCCCGCUCCAGAGUCAACGACGCCAACGCGACCAAGGCCGUGUCUUCAAGUCGCACAAGUCACACGGCGUUCCUCACCCCUAGCCCCCUCACGCGGGACUUCCAGAGGCGGUCGGCGUCCCUCGCGCGCCUUCCGAGCCCGGCGUACGCGGAAGGCCUGCAGCUGGUUCGGUACGCUGCCGGGGAAUUCUACCGGCGGCACCUCGACACGUUCGACGGACUGGACUACCUGCCCAAGGCUUACUACAGCCGCAACCUGGAGGACUUCAACGCUUGGGCAUUUUGGGCAAAAUCCCAAUUGAAGUCGCUAGGAUCAUCGGUUCCCGCAGGGUUCCGCGAAGGCGAACCGCUGCACCCCGAACCCUCGGUCAACGGCACGUUCGCGCUGGCGCUGGUCGAGUUGUUUGUGGAGGUGGGCACGGCGGACAACUACUUCGCCGCUCGGUACGAUGCCGAGUGGGUGACGUGGAUGCAGUCGUUCGUGACGAACAAGACGCCCGGCGUCCUCGCGGGGAUUCUCAAAGAGGAUGGAGGCAAGCCGCACUACUUGGACAAGAUGGUCCAAGUGUGGGAAGCCAAGCUUGGGAAUCUUCCCCAGCUGCGGUACACCUUUCCCAAGCGCAAAGUCGUGAAUGGCGUGUCACAUUUCUACCAAUGGGUCCGCUGGGCCAAGGAGUCGAUCAGUGCGCUGGCGCCGGCGCUGCUGCCGCUGGCCCAGCCGUGGACGCCUUUGCAUCCGAAAUAUUCGUGGAGAUUUCUCAAAGUACUGGCGGAAAUCGUUCAAGACGACUUGUCCAGGGAGUACUUGACCCGCCAAAUGAAUGUGGAAUGGGUCGACUGGUUAGUCACAAACCGCAACGCCAAGGACACGAUGCUCAAGAUCUUUGCGGCAUUUCCGCAUAUGGCGGAGGUGGCCAUCCGUGCGUGGGAGAGCAGGGUCCAAGCCGGCCAGUUGCUGCACUACACGAUGCCCACAGUGAUCAAACACUUUGUGCCGAACCGGUUUGUGACGCUGUUUAUGUACUUAAACGAUGUGGACGAGGGCGGGGAGACGGUGUUCCCGUUCUCCAAGGACCGCCUCGUCACGGGCAUCGAUCGAACUGGCAUGGAGGAGUGCUCGGAGGGGCUGGCGGUGCCGCCCACGAAGCUCCACGCGUCGCUCUUUUACGUCCAAACGCCGGACCAGGACGUGGACGUCAUGUCUAGACACGGGGGAUGUCCGCCCAUGAAGGGGGUCAAGUGGGGCAGCAACUCGUUCAUGUGGAACGCAGAUGCCGAAGAGGGCGCCGAUAUAUGGGCGCACUAAAACGAAUGUGUAGUUGUUAUUCGUGUAUUCGUAAUGGUGGUGAAACGAUAAGUCGACUGCAAGGGGAAAUCUGUCGGCGUAUUGAGCUUUCGAG